AUGUCUCUCAACAUUCCCAACGCGCCCAACGCCGGCCUGUUCAAAGGCGGCUACAACAACUACGAUGCCGAAGAUGGCGCCGUCAUGCGCAAUGUCGAGGCCUGCCGUGCCAUCUCGUCCACAGUCCUGACGUCCCUCGGUCCGUAUGGUCGCAACAAGAUCAUCAUCAACCACCUGCAGAAAAUGAUCCUCACAUCCGAUGCCGCCACCAUCCUUCGCGAGCUCGAAGUCGUCCACCCCGCCGCAAAGCUGCUCGUCAUGGCCUCCCAACAGCAAGAGUCCGAGAUGGGCGACGCGACGAACCUGGUGAUCAUCCUGGCCGGCGAGCUGCUGCGCAAGGCGGAAGAUCUGCUACGCAUGGGCCUAAAGGCCUCCGACAUUGUCAUUGGCUACGAGAAGGCACAGAAAUUUGCCCUCGAGACCUUAGAGGAGCUCACAGUAGACAAGGUGGAGGAUCUCCGGGACCAGGAGGAGCUGAGCAAGGCCAUCAGGACGGUCGUCGCGAGCAAGCAGAACGGCAACGAGGACUUCCUCGCCGAUCUGGUUGCCGAGGCUGUGCUGGCUGUCCUGCCCAAGAACCCCCUCAACUUCAGCGUGGACAAUGUCCGCGUCGUCAAGAUUAUGGGCGGCAGCCUGGAGCAGAGCAAGGUGGUCAAGGGCAUGGUCUUCCCCAAGGAGCCGGAUAGUUCCAUCAAGAAGGUCAACAAGGCCAAGGUCGCCGUCUACACAUGCCCCAUCGACAGCAGCCAGACCGAGACCAAGGGAACGGUCCUGCUGCACAACGCAAAGGAGAUGAUGGAUUUCACACAGGGCGAGGAGUCGCAACUCGAGUCCUCCAUCAAGGAGAUUUACGACUCGGGCGUGCGGGCGGUCAUUGUCGGCGACCGCGUGGGUGAUCUGGCCAUGCACUACCUGAACCGCUUCGGCAUCCUGUGCAUCAAGAUCCUCAGCAAGUUCGAGCUGCGCAGAGUGUGCCGCGUCGUCGGCGCCACGCCUCUGGCGCGGUUAGGUGCCCCCAUGCCCGACGAGAUGGGCAGCAUCGACGUUGUCGAGACCCUUGAGAUUGGUGGUGACCGCGUCACAGUCUUCCGCCAGGAGGACGAGGUCACCCGCACAGCUACGUUGGUGCUCCGCGGCGCCACCCAGAACCACCUCGACGACAUUGAGCGUGCCGUGGACGACGGUGUCAACGUUGUCAAGGCCAUUACUCGUGAUCCCCGUCUUGUGCCUGGCGCUGGUGCCACAGAGACCCAGUUGGUCGAGAGGAUAACGGCAUUUGGCGAGAAGACGCCCGGUCUCAGCCAAUACGCCAUCAAGAAGUAUGCAGAGGCUUUCGAGGUUGUGCCCCGCACCCUUGCCGAGAGCUGCGGCCUUGAUGCCACCGAGGUGCUGAGCAGGCUGUAUGCCGCGCACCAUAAGAGCGAAGACUGGGACACAGGUGUUGACGUUGACAACGAUGACGACACCGGUAUCCUCGAUGCGAAAGAGGAGGGUAUUCUCGACCUUAUGGUGUCGAAGUACUGGGCCAUCAAGUUGGCCACGGAAGCCGCACGCACAGUCCUCUCUGUUGACCAGAUUAUUGUCGCGAAACAAGCUGGAGGGCCCAAGCCCCCCGGCCCCAACCCUAACUGGGAUGAGGACUAA